ACUUUAAUCGCCAUGGAAUUGUGGGAGUUGUAGUUUCACAAGGUCUUCAGCCUCUUUGCCAAAGAAUAUUGGUGCCCCACCGAACUACAAAUUCUAGGAUGCCCAAGCAUUGAGCCUUGGCAGUUAAAGUGGUGUCAAACUGCGUUAAUUCUGCAGCGUAGAUGCACCCAGGACCGUCCUCACUUGUGAAAUACAGGCUGAGUUUCCCUUACUCAAAAUGCUCGGGACCAGAAAUGAUAUUCGAUUUAUUUUGCACAUUCCCAGUGAGGAACGAGACAAUGCAAUCCGUGUAUGCUUUCAGAUUGAACUGGCCCAUUGGUUUUACUUGGAUUUUUACAUGCAGAACACACCAGGAUUACCUCAGUGUGGGAUAAGAGAUUUUGCUAAAGCUGUGUUCAACCAUUGCCCUUUUUUACUGCCUCAAGGUGAAGAUGUACAGAAGGUUCUGGAUGAAUGGAAAGAGUACAAAAUGGGAGUGCCAACUUAUGGCGCGAUUAUUCUUGAUGAAAGCCUUGAAAAUGUACUUCUGGUUCAGGGGUAUUUAGCAAAGUCUGGUUGGGGAUUUCCAAAAGGAAAAGUGAAUAAAGAAGAAGCACCACAUGACUGUGCAGCUAGAGAGGUGUUUGAAGAAACUGGUUUUGAUAUAAAGGAUUACAUCAAUAAAGAUGAUUACAUUGAAUUACGAAUCAAUGAUCAGCUGGCCCGCUUGUACAUCAUUCCAGGAAUUCCAAAGGACACUAAAUUUAAUCCCAAAACAAGAAGAGAGAUUCGGAAUAUUGAGUGGUUCUCCAUUGACAAAUUACCUUGCCAUAGAAAUGACAUGACCCCGAAGUCCAAGCUGGGUUUGGCACCUAACAAGUUUUUUAUGGCUAUUCCCUUCAUCAGACUACUGAAAGACUGGCUUGCUCGACGGUAUUGCGAUUCCUCAGAUAGUGACAAUGGAUUCUCAGCUGCCAGGAGCAGCACACCACCCAAGUCCAAUACAGAAAAAACGAGAUCAAAGCUCCAUUAUAGUCAGCAGGUGUUUCCAGAUAGUUCUUCAGGAGACCAGUGGUCAAAGCAGCGGCAAUUACAGCAACAGAAGCCAAGUAACAAUCAUUUUGAGGUGUCUGAUACCUUAAAACUAAAGAACCCGCGGAGCAAUGGUAGAAAACAGAACCAAGAUACACCUAAUCAAAAGAAGAAAACAAAUGGAGUUCAUAAUCAGCCAGCUAAACAGAGCCAAACUCUGAAAUGUGAAAAGAAGUUAAAUCCAAGAAGACUCCAAGAUAAUUUUGAAACAGACACAGCUUAUGAUGUGUGCUGUGUGAAUGAAGAUCCGCUCCUGGAACAAGGACAAUCAGUGUCAUGCAACGGCCAUUGCAAAUCCUCUUUCUCCUCAGAAGCAUUUCUGAGCUUCAAGUUUGAUCAUGAUGCUAUAAUGAGAAGUUUUGAUCUCUGACGCAUAUUCACUUGCACAACUCUGCCAGAACAAUUGAGUGGGUUUUCCUAAAAUCCAGCCUUUAUCCUUUCUCAGGUUUUGAAGCAAUGCAGGGACCCAGUGAUGGGCUGGAAAGCUUUGUUCUCAUUUCAACAUGGGAGCGGCACCACACAGUGUUGCACUUUAAAUACUGUCCAGCUUUUGUCUGCAAAAAUGCUUUCCAGUGUUUCAUUUGCUAGUUCCAAACUAUGCAUUACAGGGCAUUUUUUCUUAUUUGUUUGUUUUUGUUUUGUGUAUAGAUUUCAGAGAAGUGCUUUAGCCUUAGAGAUGUACUAACCUUUUACAUAUAUAUAACCUCUGAUGCAUAGUCAAUCUUUCAUUUCUGAUUUCACAAAAGGGUGGAAAGUCGAGUGAAACUGUGAGGACAUCAUUUUAAGAAUGCAAAAUAAUAAUGUUUUGGCUCUCCUGGGCUUUGAUGCCAUUCCCCCCCCCCCCAGAGCUCUCUUUUUUGAUUGUAUAGGAACUUUUUAUAUGGUCAUGUUUUAAGAUGAUAUUAACAUCAUGAAAUACCGAUUCCUUUCAAUAAUUGCUUUUCUAGGUCCAGUGAGAUAUGAUAGUAGUAUAGCAGUGUGGCUGAUUUGGCUUCCUUACCCUAAUUUAGUUAUUUCAUUGAUGAUGCAGUGUGGAAAAAUGUGGGUUUGUAGGAGAUCAUUUAGGCAUAUAAAACGUACAUUUUAGGAAGCUACAAAGAGAGAGAAGGAUCUACCACGUGACAGGGAUCUACCAAGAUAUCCCAAGGCCUAUGGGGUUGCAUCAAUCAGGGCAGAAGAUGCAUGCGGUCCAUUUUUCCAGGUUUUUCACCUUUGUGGAAAGUCUUUGCAUGCUAAAUCUCAUCCCUGAGAGUAAGGGAAGGAGGAUGAUAGCCAAGGUUGUGGGAAAAGUCUAUUCAAAGCCUCUGCCCGACUUCUGGAGUGUUUACUGUGGGACUUUUGCUAUUUGCUUCUGCCAGUAGCAUCCAUCCAGUGGAGCAAUCUUCUGUUGGCAGAGGGGCAUCUCUGCCCCAUCUUAAUUCUCUUCAGUAGGCAACACCAGAGGAGAGGACUGCUCUGUGAAUUAGACUUGCCAAAUAUGCACGAUGCUUACAUUUUUUGCCCCAUUAAGCUAAUAUAUCUGUCUGAUAUAAUACUGAGUUUUAAGUGUUCAAGUAAUAAUAAUAACAAUGCACGAAAUUUCAAAAACGCAUGAAAUAUCCAAGAAUUAAGCAUGUGAAACACAAUAGUGGCAAAGAAUGCAGGAAGACAAUUUGUUUUGUAGCUAUACUGAGGGCAUGUGCAUCUAGGCAAAUGUAACUUGCUACAGAGCUAAUUUCCCAAUAAUUUACUGCCCUGUAUGUCUGGUAGAGACUUUGGCUCUUUGACAAGUGUUUAUUGAAUAGUUGAGAUUUCUAACAUCUCUCCCAGGUAGGCUUGAAGUUUUAAGUUGGGAAACCAAUUUUUUGUUAUUUUUCAGAAAGCAGUUUUUCUCUUGCAAAUCCCUCCCAAUUUAAUUCUUGCCCUUGAUUUUAAAAAUGUAGAGUGAAAUUCAUAUAUAAAAUCAUAAAAUUGUGAAUCUUUUCUUUAUGACUAGGAAAGAAGCUCAAGUUGCCUUCAAAAUUAAUUCAGUUUUAAUUACAGGCCAUUUAAAAAUGGUUGAGUGGUAAACUUAUCCUAGUGAUAACAUUUUUCUGUCACAUCCAGGAUUUAUUUAAAGCAAUUCAUUGAUUUUGCUUAUUUGUCAAAAGAAAGACAAAAGAGCUUCUAAUGGGUUGAGAUGAUACUCUUCCCCAGUUUACCAUCGUGAGGGGAAAUCUGUUACUAUUCAGUUCUGUUUCUUUCUUUUGCAGUAAAAGUGCCUACUAUAGUAACUUGUUUCAUUCACCGCAAACUGGAUUUUUAGGCUGCUUGAGCCAUUUUUCUCCUAAUAUGUAGCUUGACUUCUGAGGAAUGUUACUAUUUGUGCUGCUUCCUUUUUGUUUUAGGUAAGAGGAACAUUGAGGCACUCAUGUGAAUUUAAAAUAUGAAAUAAAUUAUCUUGUAUGGGGACUUAAAUGGCUGAAAUAACCUGAGUUGUAGUCUCAAAGUGUGUGUGUGUGUGUGUGUGUGUAUGGAAAAACACACUAUGUUAAAGAGUAUGCAAACUGUCCUAGUUUCUGGAUAUACCAUGUGUAAUUGUCCUUUUGCAGAGUGACUUCUUUAGCAGAGACAGCAUCUGGCUUCACUGAGAAUUUCUUAAGAGUCUAUAGAAAACUAACCUGGUUUUAUUAACUUAGUCUUAAGUAGAUGGCAAAUAAACAUGGUAAAUAAUGCAAUAAUUGUUGCUUUUACAAGGCACCACAUAUACCAUAAUGUUGUGUUCCUUCAUUGUAUUGCUAUCAGGUGGGUUCCUGGGUGCCCUGCACUGUGAACAUUUCAGGUUGUUUAAUUUUUUGGUUUGUAAUGGCAUGUCUUGUUUUAUUUUGCUUGCAAAAUGUUUAAAUGAAUCAUUUUAUACUUUUGUAUUCCAAAGUUCAUUCAUAUGGUUUACAUACAUUGCUGGAAAGCCAUGAAGAAAAGGCAAAUGUGGUGAUGGUAUUGACAUUUUGUUUGUCUGAAAUGGGCAUUUUAAAGGAGAUGAAUAAAUGAGCUGUGAACAGAUUUGAUUUUGACAGAAAUGCUUUGUUGUUUGAAUAUUGGGCACUCCUCUCACAUGCUUUUUGUGGAAAAUGUGACAGCUCCUCAUGUGCUGCUCCUAAUUGAAUGGUGAGUGUCAUGAUCCUUUUUGGGUUCAGUUAUUUUUGCUAUAAAAGAAGAAAAAAGUUCAGCAGACAAGGCUUCAAGCAGGAUUUUUAGGAGGCGACAAUGUUCCUGGCAAAUCAUUCAUAUAUGUGUGUGAGAGAGUGCAUGUGCUUGUGUACUAUUUAGUAAAAAGUUGAUCUUUUUAUACACAUGGCUGCUCUGUUAGGGGCAAUCUUUUCAGCUCAUGAAAACUCUGGUCUCUUCUAAACUUGCAUGCUGUCGGAAGCUUUUAUAUCCUUUUUGGAAAAUCAGAUUAGAGGAGACAGAAGCAGAGCUUGAAUUUUUUUACUGUUAUUAACUUUUCCAGAGAUCGCACGCAGCCUUUGAACAUGCAAGUGCCAACGUUAGCAGCUUGCAUUACAGAACUGUAAUACUCAGUUGCACAAGUUCCUUUCAGUCCAAAUGUGUGUCUUGUUCACACGGUAUAUUGGCUCUCUGCCUCUCUUGUGGGUUGUGUACAACUACUACCAUGUAGAUAGAGCUUGAUUAUUGUCACAGAUUAGGAGGUGCCAAAUGCGUUCAUGAGCACAAACUUUACAGCAGCUUCUGCUUUGACUUUUGAUGCAGAGAAGAAGCACAUGCUUGUCCUCUUCCAUUUUUGCUCACUUGAAAUAGCAUAUUACGUUUCCUCUGUCUGGGAAUAGAAACUAUUCUGUAUGCUAGUACAAGAGCGUGAGUGUUUCUAAGGAAGACUUGUAGAUUUUAUGUCUGCAGUUUAAGCAUGUUAGGAUUCUUAUUUUUUGGGGGGAAGCUGAUUAAUUGUGAACUGUCCCAUUCAGCUAUUCUGCUUCUGCUCUCCCACAUUUAAAAGUAUUUGCAUAUUACACUGAUUCACUGCACUGUGAAGGCAUCCUUAGAGGAAAGCCACCUUUUACUAAAAUCUAAGUUGCCCUUUUAUACAUAUGUAGCUCUGUCUACUCUGUCUAUUCCAAGAAGGAAAAGAUAAAGAUACUAAAAAUGUUCUGUUAUAAGCACUGAUAAAUUUGAUAUGUCUUACCUGCUUUCACUCUGUUUCCAAAUUGGCUAUCGGAAUCAAAACAAUGAGAUAGUACUUUCUUACUACCUUCACAAUUGUAAAUAUACCAAGUGACUUGAUAAGUUAAAAUCAACACCGAUUUAAUCUAUUAUUCUAGAGAAGACAGUGCCCAGGAUCCAAAAUGACUUACAUGUAUGCAACUACUGCUCCCCAUCCAUUUAAGCAGCAGCAUCCUAUUACAUAUUAAACAUCUGAGUUUUAAUGGGGUAUUGUAGAAGCAAUCUGGUCUAUGUGGGUGUGUCUGCUAAUGCAAAGGAGAAACAGAUUUUUACAAGCUCCUAAAUUCAGCUCUAGAACUGGUGUAUGGAUUAAAGUCUAAGAACUGCACUCUUAGACCGCUUCCAGACAGGAAUUUAUUACUGUCGAAAAUGGGUUAAAGUAACCCGUUUUCUCCCGCAUUGCUGUUUGCCCAAAAGAAGUGGGCUUUCUUGUGUGGUAACAACCGAGCUACAAUGGGGACAAUCUAAAUCCCCCCCUAAAACCCCAUGGGCCCAGAGAAGCGAAGCGGGAACCCAACCCCUCCCCAAAUCCCCCCUAAAACUUUUAAACUAAAAGAAAAACUUACUCAGCCUCCAUUAGGCCUUUCGGCAUGCUUUUUGGGAUGUACCAAUGUAGCGCUAAGAGACGGGGACCAGUAGUGAUCCCCUCCCCCCGCUUAGCACUACAUUGAAAGGUUACAAAAAACAUGCCAAAAGGACUAAUGGUAGCCCAGUAAGUUUUUCUUUUAGUUUAAAAGUUUUAGGGGGGAUUUGGGGAGGGGUUGGGUUCCCGCUUCACUUCUUUUUAAAAAUUAUUUUUAUUGUUAUUAUUAUUUGAGAAAAAGUUACAAUUAUAUAAACAUAUUCUAUACAUCCCCCCUCUUUUAUUUACAUUCACCCCUGUGCUCCCCUUCCCUAGAGCCAUCUGUUCUUCUGUAGUCCCACCAAAAGUUCAAUUCUUCAUUUGGAGGUAAAUUCCUGCCUUCUUUUCUAGAAAUUUUCUCCAAAUACUUUCAAAACAAUUUCCCCCCAUAAUCCCUUCUUUACUUUUAAAUUUGAUGUUAGCUUGUCAUUCAGUGCUAUUUGCCAAACUUCUUUAUGCCAUUCAUUAAUUUGUAUUUUCAUUUCUCCUUUACAAUAUUUUGCAAUUAGUAAUCUAGCUGCUGUUAAUAGCAUGUCUAUUAAAUUUUUCCCCUCUUAUCUUUCUCAUCCUCUUUUUAAAUUAAAAGUAAUAUUUCCACUGGAUUCCUCCUGAUUUUUAUAUUCAUAAUACUUUCUAUUUCCCUUAUAACCAAUUCCCAAAAAUCUUUUACAUGUUUACAAUCCCACCACAUAUGCAUGUAGGUUCCAAUUUCCUGGCACUCUCGCCAGCAUUUUUCAUUAUUAUUCUUAUUCAAAAUAUUUAAUCUUCUCGAUAUUAAAUGCCACUUCCAAAUUAGUUUAUAAUAAUUUUCUUUUAUUCUAAUUGACAUGUUUUUAAUUGUCUUGUUUUCCAUAUCUCCUCCCAUUCUUUUUCCGUUAUCUUUGUUCCUACUUCCUCCUCCCAUGAUUCUCUUAAUGUUAAUCUUUUCUUUUUUUUCCCUAUGUCUUUAAUUAGUCUUUUAUAUAUUUUACUGGUUGUUCCUUUUAAUUGCUCACUAUUUUCUCCUUUUAACGCUUCUCUGGGCCCAUGGGGUUUUGGGGGGGGGGUUGGAUUGUCCCCAUUGUAACUUGGUUUAGGGGGUAUUUGGGGAGGGUAGGGUUCCUGCUUCGCUUCUCUGGGUCCAUGGGGCCCAGAGAAGCAAAUUGGACUGUGUGGACUGACCCCUUCAGUCCUCACAAGGCUCAUACUCCAUAAGACCUGAGUCUAAUGGAGUCUCGAAUUAAUUUGGUUUUACCAGAGACAUUGGACACCUUUGGUAAAACCGCAGGAGCUCCCGCAUUAUGGGCCCUUUCUGGAUGGGCCCUUAGGUUUCUUUUUUAAAAUGAAGUUAAAACAGUAUUCAGUAUUGUCACUAUAGCUAAACUGUUACACAUUGUAUUGCGGUUUGAAAACAUAGGACCAAUAUGUUUUCAGGGUUAUUAAAAGGCAAGUUGUAGAUCAGAUCAAGAAAGAAGACUAAAUUUUGCAGCAAAGAACUUUAUUACAACAAGCAAUACAUCAGAGCUAGUGUGAGGCACAUGUGAUCCUCCAGAUUUUAUUGAGUUGCAAUGGCCAUAAUCCCUAGCUAACUUAGAUAAUAUUGAGGGGUAAUGGGAACUGCAGUUCAAAAUCACCUGGAGAACAUGUUCCCUCAUCUCUGCUUUGUAGAAAAAAUAAAGCAUGUUACCUUGUAUAGUAAGGUACCUGAAGCAUAUAAUAGUAACAGGUGCGUGUUCUUCAGUGUUCUUCAGAAUAAAGUAGUUUAUUCUUCAGUGUUGGAUGGCUUUAGUAAAGCAUAACAAACAUUUUAAAUGGUUUGUAGCAUGAAUGCAUUUUAACAAACUCAACAUGUGUUUGUUUAAACAUUGUGAAAGUCUGUUUAUUGAAUUAGUUUAUAAAAAAGAACUUUAGAGCAAGGGGUUGCUUUAUAUAUGGGUAAUGUGUAAAGUAUCACCCAGGAUACUUUCAGAAAUUGUAAUCAAAAUCUUAUUUGAAUACUGAAUUUAUUUUAUAAUUUUUGAUAUAAUGAGUUAAAUCGGCUAGAUUUAAACCCAGAAAUAUCUAGAUAAGCUUUGAUGGAAGCAAGGUAUUGGCAUGGUCAGUCUUCAAGUUAGGAAUCUUAAUUUCUUCUGCCAUAUUUGUAAGAGCAGAUGUUCUUGGUCUCAAAUGAAGACGGAGCAGUGGCCGAGCUCUCACAUAUGUAUUUCUUGCUGUAUUUGUGAAAGGAAUGAAAAGUAUUUUUUUCCCAUUUGUUGAAGGACGUUCAGUAGUUUGAAUUUGGUCUUGAAAGUACAUUGCUAGAUGCUGCCCAGCCUUCUCAUGUAUGUAUGGUUAUUUGGCAGUUCCCUUUUUUAUUAAUACUACUUAUGUAUUUUUAAACAAAUGCUUACCGCUAAGAUGUGUUGGACUUGCAGAUAACUGUAAUGAUAUCAAAUGUGAUUACUUUCUCGAAUUGGAAAUUUGUUUUUGCUGCUAGGCCAAUCAUUGUAUAAAAGCCCGCAACUUGUGUUGCUUUGCCUGGCAGCAAUAUUUGUUUGCAUUGUCAGUUGAAACCCAGUUCAAGCAUUAUGACUGAACAGGGAAUUUGAGCAUGUUUGGGGGAGAUGGCAUAAUACAUGUACAGACCCUGGUGCCUAUUGUUUCUUGCCACAUUUUAUUGAACAGCUUAGAAACCGCUUUGUCAUUUUUAUUGGGACUCCCAAUUGAAGGGAGGUUUCUACAGACACACAAAUGAACCCAUAACCCCCCCCCCUUUAGACUUUUGUGUUGAACACAGACCCUGGUGAACAUGAGGAUGUCAGGUGUUGAAAGUGGUGCAUAUGUCCUCUACAUGAGUUGUGGCUUCAACAAGACUACACUGAAGCAUUUUUCAGAAUUGUACCAUGUGUUCAUUUAAAAUUGUGGAAUUGAAUUUGGCAUCCACUAAAUGUGAGGAUGGAGAGACAAAUUUGAUAACAUCUGUCACAUGAGCAUUGUACUGAAUAAAUAUAUAAUGCUUCUACCAUU